GGCCGGGGCUGCGCGUCCCGAGCUGCGGCUCAACAGACGCUGCUCUGCCGGCCGUGGGGGAGCGUCGCUGCGGUUGUAGCCGCGGCUGCGGGCGGGGACGAGGAGGCGGCGGCGGACACGGGACGUCGGGAGGUCGUCCCUUUUCUCAGUGCGGCCGCGUCUGGGUCCCCAGGAGGCGGCGCUGGGCGGGAAGUGUUCCCGGGCGCAGCCAGGCCUGCGUGGGCCGGAGACCGCGGGGAACCGCCGCGUCGCGAUUCUUCCUGAAGCCUGUUAAUUCUAUUUUUUGAGCACUUAUGAAUAACCACGUAUCUUCAAAACCAUCUACCAUGAAGCUAAAACAUACCAUCAAUCCCAUACUUUUGUAUUUCAUACAUUUUAUAAUAUCACUUUAUACUAUUUUAACAUACAUUCCAUUUUAUUUUUUGUCUGAGUCAAGACAAGAGAAAUCAAACCAAAUCAAAGCAAAGCCCGUCAGUUCAAAACCUGAUUCUGCAUACAGAUCUAUUAACAGUUUGAAUGGUUUGGCCUCAGUAUUGUUUCCUGGCUGUGAUACACUAGAUAAAGUUUUUAUGUAUGCAAAAAACAAAUUUAAGGACAAAAGACUCUUGGGAACACGUGAAAUUUUAAAUGAGGAAGAUGAAAUGCAACCAAAUGGAAAAAUUUUUAAAAAGGUUAUCCUUGGGGACUAUAAUUGGCUCUCCUAUGAAGAUGUCUUCAUUCGAGCCUUGGACUUCGGAAAUGGCUUACAGAUGUUGGGCCAGAAGCCGAAGACCAACAUCGCCAUCUUCUGUGAGACCAGGGCGGAGUGGAUGAUUGCUGCUCAGGCCUGUUUCAUGUAUAACUUCCAGCUUGUUACAUUGUAUGCUACCCUCGGAGGUCCAGCCAUUGUUCAUGGAUUAAAUGAAACAGAGGUGACCAACAUCAUUACUAGUAAAGAACUCCUGCAAACAAAGUUGAAGGAUAUAGUCUCUUUGGUCCCUCGUUUGCGGCAUAUCAUUACUGUUGAUGGAAAGCCUACAACCUGGUCUGAGUUCCCCAGGGGCGUCAUUGUACACACGAUGGCUGCAGUGCAGGCUCUAGGACUGACGGCAAACAUGGAAAACAAAGCUCAGAGCAAACCGCUGCCUUCAGACAUUGCGGUGAUCAUGUACACAAGUGGAUCCACAGGGAUUCCCAAGGGAGUCAUGAUCUCCCACAGCAACAUCAUUGCUGGUAUAACUGGGAUGGCGAGAAGGAUUCCGAAACUGGGAGAGGAAGAUGUAUACAUUGGGUACUUGCCCCUGGCCCAUGUUCUAGAACUAAGUGCAGAGCUUGUGUGUCUUUCUCAUGGAUGCCGGAUUGGCUACUCUUCACCACAGACAUUAGCAGAUCAGUCUUCAAAAAUAAAAAAAGGAAGCCAAGGAGAUACAUCCAUGCUGAAGCCAACACUGAUGGCAGCUGUUCCGGAAAUAAUGGAUCGGAUAUACAAAAAUGUCAUGAACAAAGUGAAUGAAAUGAAUAAUUUUCAGCGGAACUUGUUUAUUCUAGCCUAUAAUUACAAAAUGGAACAGAUUUCAAAAGGGCACAGUACUCCAUUGUGUGACCGCUUUGUUUUUCGGAAAGUUAGAAGCCUGCUAGGUGGAAAUAUUCGCCUCCUGUUGUGCGGUGGUGCUCCACUUUCUGCCACUACUCAGCGAUUCAUGAAUAUCUGCUUUUGCUGUCCUGUUGGUCAGGGAUAUGGACUCACUGAGUCAACUGGGGCAGGAACAAUUACAGAAGUGUGGGACUAUAACACUGGCAGAGUGGGAGCACCGUUAGUUUGCUGUGAAAUCAAAUUGAAGAACUGGGAGGAAGGUGGGUAUUUUAAUACUGAUAAGCCACAUCCCAGAGGUGAAAUUCUUAUUGGUGGCCAAAAUGUGACAAUGGGCUACUACAAAAAUGAAGCAAAGACAAAAGCCGAUUUCUUUGAGGAUGAAAAUGGGCAGCGGUGGCUCUGCACUGGAGACAUUGGAGAGUUUGACCCUGACGGUUGUCUGAAGAUUAUUGAUCGUAAGAAGGACCUUGUAAAACUACAGGCGGGAGAGUAUGUUUCUCUUGGGAAAGUAGAGGCAGCUUUGAAGAAUCUCUCGUUGAUAGAUAACAUUUGUGCAUAUGCAAACAGUUAUCAUUCUUAUGUCAUUGGAUUUGUUGUGCCAAAUCAGAAGGAACUUACAGAGCUAGCUCGAACAAAAGGACUUGAAGGAACAUGGGAAGAGCUUUGUAACAGUAGUGAGAUGGAAAAUGAGGUCCUUAAAGUGCUUUCUGAAGCUGCUAUUUCAGCAAGUCUGGAAAAGUUUGAAAUUCCUGUAAAAAUCCGUUUGAGCCCUGAACCAUGGACCCCUGAAACUGGUCUGGUGACGGAUGCCUUCAAGUUGAAACGCAAAGAGCUUAAAACGCAUUACCAGGCGGACAUUGAGCGAAUGUAUGGAAGAAAGUAAUUAGUUCUGGCCUCAGUUUGCUAUAGUGAGCUCAGAACAAAUAGGAAAAUACUUGAAACGCACGUCUCAGACCGAGGCAUACUCCAUUCCUCAUAGUAAACCCCAGCCGUUGUGUCACACCACGUCACCAUUUAUAACUGACAGGAUUAGUAAAAUAGCACGACAGCAAACUCUGUUUCUCUCCCUCCUCAAUUUACUUGCACCUAUGACUGUACUUGUCAGUAGGAGAGUUUUCUGAAUCAUACUGGGGAAGCAGUGAUUUUAAAACCUCAAGUUUUUAAACAUUUAUAUGUUCUGUACAAUGUUCAGUUUGUAACUUUUUAAAGUUUGGAUGUAUAGAAGGAUAAAUAGGAAAUAUAAAAAUUGGUUGUGGGGGCUUUUUUACUUAUUGUAUUUAAAAAUAAAAGGGUAUCAAUGUGAAAUUAUGUAAAUUUUAAAUGCUUAUGAAUCAAGUCAUUGUUGAACAAAAGAUUUGUUGCUGUGUAAUUAUUGUCUUGUAUGCAUUUGAGAGAAAUAAAUAUACUCAUACUUAUGUUUUAAGAAACUGAGUUCUUGUGA